GUCGGAGCGUGUCCGAGUUGUUUACGAUUUCGUGGCCAAUCGGUGAUAUUGAUUUUGUUAUUGUUGGUAAUACGCGAAUCGUUAGGCUGCCCUCUUUGUGACAAGACGCUUCACAAACGGAUCUAUGUGCUGAUCAUCAGCCACCGUCACCAUGUUCGAGGGCGCGGUCGCCGGGAUCCUGAACCGGCUGCUGGGCAAGUACGUUCAGGACUUGGACACGGAGAACCUCAACGUGGGCAUCUUCUCCGGGAAUGUCAAUCUCACUGACUUGAAGCUCAAGCCUGAGGCUUUGUACGAACUUGACCUACCAAUAGAUGUGAAGAUCGGUACAAUCGGCCGCAUCGCCCUUCAGAUACCAUGGUCAGGUCUUUACACACAGCCUGUGGUCGUCAACAUCGAAGAUGUGCUAGUGCUAGUUGGCCCAGCCAUAUCCAACAGUUACUUCGACCCAGAAAGAGAAAGACGACUAACCAGAGCAGCCAAACGAAAGAUUCUUCAAGACUUGGAAGCCGAAAGUGAAGUCCUUAAGGGUCCCCAGAAUUUCUUCGAACACUUAUUCACGGCUAUCGUGAAUAAUCUUCAGAUUUAUGUGAGGAAUGUCCACAUACGGUAUGAGGACUCCAUCAGCUCCAAAGAUGGACCUCUUGCCUGUGGUUUAUGUCUCCAGAGCUUAUCUAUUGAGACUACUAAUAGCAAAUGGAAGCCAUCAGUGACUCCGGCGAACGCGUCCACGGUGUACCAGAUGAUGCGCAUAGAAUCCAUGUCAGCAUACUGGAAUCCCACGGCGACGGCCUUGGAUGACAACGAGACUGCCCACAUCACUCCCAUGCAGUACUACAAUUGGAAGCACUACAUGCUCACAGGACUGGACAAGUUCUCCAUGCAUCAUGAGGAUUUCGAAUUUUUAUUGAAACCUGUGACAUGCAAAGUAAAAGUUCUGAUUAACCGUUCUGGGGAAGCACGAGUUCCUCGUCUGUUACUGGAUGCGGUGCUGCAGGAUAGUGCCCUGCAGCUAUCUCGGCGACAAUACCUGUCGAUAAACAACCUCCUAGCUUCUUUUGACAGGAUUAAGCUGAACAGAAAAUACCGUCAUCUUCACCCGGGUGUUCCUCUUUCCAAGGAUAUCAAGAAGUGGUGGAAAUAUGCUUACAAUGUAGUAGUGGAACAGAGAGUUCGGCCAUACACCUGGGCAGCCAUAAAGAAGCAUAGAGAGAACUAUAACAUUUAUAAACAAAUAUACAAGAGCACUUUGAGAAGCCCUAAUGAUAUUGAACUGAAAUUGGACUUGCAGAAGUGUGAGGACAGUCUACCGAUUGUGUCAGUUAUUAUUGCUAGGGAGCAAGCGAAGUUUGAAUUGCUCGCCCAAGAACCUGACCGCAUAGAAGUAGUCGAGACAGAAUUCGACUGGUGGAAACCAUCUAGUUCUCCAACGGAUGAAGUGGAAGGUUUGAAGAAUCACGUGGAACUCUGCGUGAAAACUGAGAGAAGUAAGAGUCUGUGGAGUCAUCUCUCUAGUCCUGAAAAGAAGAGGGUGUGUGAACUGAUAGGGUACGUGGAGGGGGCACCACAAAAGGACAAAUCGAAACAGUACAUUGAACACAAAAUAAACCUGACGUUAGCCAACUGUUCACUGACGCUGAUGAACAGGAAUAAAGAGGUGCUAGUGCUAACUCUCACUCAGUUCCUUGCGUCUCUGGAGACCAGACCUUCGGCUAAAGCAUACAAGCUUUCAGCUCGAGCAGAAAGUAUAGUGGUUGAAGGAGUAACAUCUGAUGGUGACCUGGUUCCACUUCUGACUCCAGAGCGAGGGUCAGGAGUUACCAGCUCCAAUCUGUUGGCUAUCGAUUUGGAGAAGAAUCCUUGUAGUAACGAAGCCGAUUAUGGACUGUGCUGCCUCAUGGAACCAGUGGAGUUGGUUUACAUUGAGCAUUCGUUCACGGAGCUGAUCAACUUCUUCCAAACGCACUCGAUGACUGCCGAUGAGUUGGCAGUAGAGGUAUCUGAAGCUGUAUUCAGGGCUGGUGCCGUUAGCAAGUCUGUGUUGGCGUAUGCCAUCAGUCGGAGAAAGGUGUUCCAUUUGAAUGUGGAUAUUAAAGGACCCUGCGUGGUGGUCCCGGAACAUGGAUGUGUGCAUAAGUCCGGUCGCGUGAUGAUUUUGGAUAUAAGUCGCAUCAUAGUGAAGUCAGAUCUGCAACCAUCGAAUUUGACGCUCGAGGAUGCAACCUGUAUGGAGCUGGAGGAAAGACUGUAUGACAGACUGCACGCUGAAUGCUCUUGUCAGGUGUUAUUCUGCGAGUGGACGGAACCUUGGCGCGAGUCCCGACGUCACGCAGACUCGGAGCUGCACCUGGUACCUAAGAUCAAGAUGCAGGUCGUGUUCUCGAAUAGUAUUAAGAAGGACUAUAAAUUACUACCGAAGUACAAACUAAAUAUUUCUCUAUCAAGUAUCAAGCUGAACCUAUCAGACCGGAUCAUAGGUCUUCUACUUGACUUCUGCGACAACCUCCCAGUUCCUGUUCCCAACACCGUUCCAGUUUCCUUCAUGGACUCUGGAGACUAUACGGAGGAGAUGGAAGAACCGGAGAUGGCAGAAAUGUUGAGCAUAGACAGGGUAACCGCUGACCCUGAUUAUAAGGACCUCAUGAACUUGAGACAGAAGAUUGCGACAGCGAAGCUCGGUUUCCAAGCAGCCCAGCAAGCGUCUGCUGCAUCAGAACACAGUGAUGAAGAUAUCGAGAUAUAUGCAAGAACUGUGGACCUUCCCGGGUUCGAUGACAAUGUGUCGCCUAGUAACAAUAUUAAUACUUUGCUGAGGUUUAUAGUUGGCGAAAUAGUGAUCAACCUGUCCCGAUCGUGUGACCAAUUGGAGAAACCAUAUGUAAUGCUGAGCAUCACGAAAGUCUGCCUGGACGUAGCGCUGAUGGAGUACGGGCCUGCUGUCCAGCUGUCUGUCAGUCAAGUACUCUUGACUGAUAAACAACAUCACAGCAGUACAGGACAGUACUUGGAGCUGAUCACCAGUUCUGGGGAGCUUUUUAAUUUGUUGUAUAGGAAGGUACGUGCUGACUGCCCAGAGUUCCGCUCCCACUUCCACAAUGUGGAGCAGGCUUUGGUGGCAGAUGUAGGACAUCUGGCGUUACUGCUGCAUGCAGAUGCUUUGCCUACACUGCUCAAGUAUUUGCAGUACAUUUCUGAAAAAAUCCAGAAUCGUCACGCACUCAAUCUGAAGAAUGUAGUUCUGCCGAAGUCCAAGUCACUAUGGGAUUAUCUGAUGCAGCCUGAAGCAGAUCCUCCUGUACCACCAGGUGCUACCAAAUUCAGUUAUUCUGUCAGGGCAUCAUCAAUAUCAAUGAAGCUGUGCCAUCUGGACAGUGCAGUCCUGGAGAUGAGGCUGGGGUCGUUGGAGAGUGACUGCGUGUUCCGAGCCAAUGACCGCAUGAUCUUCAAGCUAUACCUCAGCUCGUUGCAUAUUGAUGACCUAGCUGAGGCCACGUUAUACCCCAAGUUGGUGUGGCCAGACGAAGAUAAAGUUCUGGAGAUAAAGUACGUGCGUGCGGCGGCGCGCGUGUACGGAGUGGGCUCCGGCAUGGACCAGCCGGCUAUGAAGGCGCACGGCGAGCUGCGCGUCUACGUCGGCAGGCUGCAUGUCGUACUCUUCUGCUGCGUCAUGCAUCAUAUACAGCAACUGCUGGAGCCGCUGGUGCCGGCGGCGGCGGCGGAGGCAGCCAGCGCGGCCGAGCGUGCUGCCGAGCGACACGCACUCGCCGCGCGCUCCGCCGCCACGCGACUCAACCUUGCCAUUGAGAUUCAUGCUCCAGUUCUUCUACUGCCACAGAAGCCUUCUUCACCGAAUUUGUUAGUGCUCAAUAUGGGUGAUCUUUUAAUAGAAAAUUUCUUCAAGCAAUUAAACACUGGCAAUGAACCUACAAGUCCCAUUCAGAAUGCUGUUAUAGACAACAUCCUCAUUAAGCUAGUUAACAUCACCUUCUCCAGAGCUGUUAUGACAUUAGCGGGGACUUUGGAAGUACAGGAGCCGAUCCUGGAGCCCGUAUCAUUGCGAUGCGACCUGAAGCGCGCAGUGUCGUACCAGCAGCUGGUGAGGUUAGCCGCGCUGCGCGAGCUGCUAGCGCUAGAGGGAGCGGUGGCGCUGGACGCCGUCACCCUCAACGUUGGCCAGAAAGAUCUAGCCACCAUGCUCGCUGUCUGGAACGAUAAUCUCAGCGAAGGGAACUACAUUGGAUGUAUAGUACCAAGUUCGCCAGUAGAAACAGCACCUUCAGAUUCAUCAGUCAAGAAGUUGCAAGCUUUCUUCGCUCAAGGCGAACCUAUUAGAAAGGAAGCUGUUGUUAGUUUAGAGGGCAUAGAACUCAAGCUAUUCUCAGAUAUGGAUGAAGUCCUAAGUUCUCCAGUUAGAGACUUGAACCAUGGACUAGCGAAGCUGACAGCUGGCGAGGCGAUGCUGCAGAUGGAAUACAGUUCUGAUGGAAGCUUGGAGGUCAAAGCUAGUUUACAGAGCCUGUUAGUUGAAGACAUUCGACCAGAUCCUGGAAUUGUUAUUAAGAGGAUAUUCCAAUCACAAGGUGGUACGAACGCUGAUGCAGAAGAUUCCUGUAUAUCAGUGCGUCGUCCUCCACUGAUAGAUGCCAGCUUGCGAGUAACGGGAGCAAAAGCUCGGCACGCUGACGUCAGAGUGGACCGCACCAGGUUCAAUCUUGCACUGCCGUUCUUGCUGCAGCUAGCUAGAACUUUGCUGGAUGCUAUGCCUGGUGAAAAGACAAUGGAAGGUGGUGUGGUAAAUCAUGGCUAUGUAGGUGAUGUGCACCCAUCAAAGACGGGCAACAAUAAUCGAGCUGCGAGACUGCCAAGCUCCAGUGAUUCCACCAGUGGUUAUUAUUCAGCAGCAACAUCAAUGUCAGAGGAACAACCAGGACUAUCAAUAUCGAUACAGUUCCGCCAACCAGAAAUCAUGUUCUUCACUGACCUUACGAAGACUGAGGGACACGCACUGCUUUUACGGACAGAACUCCUUAUCGACUACUCCUCUCACUCUAACAGCGAGUCAUUCGUGGUCUCUUUAGCUGGACUCCAAAUUAUGUCUAAACUUCAAUCUAAGCUAAAGAAUCUACCACCACAAAUAGUUUUGAAGCCAUGUGACAUAGAAUUUUCAAAGGCUUUUAAGAAUAUUGAGGAAGGUAUAAGAGUGAAGAUGUCAGUUUCGGAGGUCGAAGUGCAUGUUGCAGCUACUACAGUGCAUACUGUUCUUGACAUAAUCGAAGAAAUAACAUCAGAGCUAACAAUACCCGAUGAAAAAGAACCUUUUAACUUUGCGACUUACAAUCCGAAGUCGGAGAAGCAGGACGAAGACCUUUGGUCUCCGAAAAAGCUAACUCCUUACGUUGUGCUGAACCCUGAGGAUGUUUACACACAGCCGAAGUACCCGACACUUAGACCUUCGGAGACGUUCAUCAUGAGCAUACCCUGUGUGAGGAUUAUGUUUGAGAUGGAGCAGACUGUCAGGGUACCUGUACUGAUGAUGAAGAUGAAAUCUGAGGUGACAAUACAUGACUGGUCACAACAGCUCCACGGUACAGCUUCUCUGAGCAUGAUAGCAUCUUGUUACAACGAGCGUGUUGACGCCUGGGAGCCACUUAUAGAACCUGUUGUGCAGAACGAAAAUGUCUACCGUCCUUGGGAGAUAACGGCUACUCUGUUCCAGGCUAAAGCCUACCCAAUGUCCUCGCGACUUGAUACUUCAAGUCAACAAGAGACAGAAGUAGACUCCUCAAUCGCAUCAGAUCAAUCGAAGAAACCUAAAAAGAAGAACGGAUUCGAAUCUGAAACUUCAGCAGACGAGGGUGAUACUGAUAAUGAAAUGACGUUUAUAAAGAAUCCCAAUGGCAGGGAAAGUAAGCAUUACAAUGUGGACUUCAGUGCUGGACAUAUGUCCUUCCUGGGGCUGCUAGAUGGAGAUGAAUCUGACUCGGAGAAUGAGAGUGGGCUAAUGGACAAACUGGCUACUGCUAUAGGACAUUUGUUCACUGAUGAUUCAAGUGCUGAAGAAAUGAGUAAUGACGAAGAUUCUUCAGCGCCAGAACAGAGUGAAGUAGAAGUAGGCAGUGACCAUGAAGAGAACGAGAAAGCAGUCACAUUCAUAGAUGGAGAAGCUAAAGGGAAGAAAGAGACAGAACCAAAGACUGUGACGUUGCAGGACCCAGUCGUCCGUGAAGACAGCGUGGACUCGGGUCUUGAAACAGAGAACUACAUUGACAAGUCCUGCACCUACAUAGCUGUGGAAGCUAGAGACAUGCUGAAUAUCACGGUGACACCAGCUGGAGCCAGGGCACUGCUGGACUUAGCUGCAGCAUGUACUGACAGAACUGCAGUUGUCACUGCCAUCGUCACUGGAGAGAGUGGACUUCUACUGGUCAAUGACAUAGGACCGGGAUCGACUGUUCAUUUGAAAACUAAAGCGGAGACAGAUUUGGCGGGUAACGAGAGAAUCAUAGCUAUAGCCGAUUAUGAUGUAGAUUCUAGCCGGCCUAGCACACCAGGAUGCGAUACAUCAUCAGCUGAUCUACUUGACGAACCGCCAAAGAAGCCUAAGAUAAUGACAGAUGUCAGUGAUGAAUGGGAUUGUUUUGAAGGUGGUUUCCCCGGCGGUGCAGUGUCCCCGCCGGCAGCGUGUGCAUGGUCCCCAGCGCCCCCGCCGCCCCCGCCCGCCCUGCGCACGCGCCUUACCGACCUCACGCUCACCGUGCGACUGCAUGAUCUGGACCAUCUCACCAUCCUGUGUCCCCAACGCAAUGUGUCGAAGCUGCACGUGCUGCACCCAAGCAAAAACUCGACGCGGUACUACAUCGCAGUGGAGAGGACCUCCAAGUAUAACAACAAGACGAUCGUCGUCCGAUCUCCUUAUCAGAUCCGUAACGAAACAUCAUACGCUCUCGAGCUAUUCUACAAGAAGACAGAUCUGCAAGCUAUUGGAGCUGAACUGAUAGGUUCUCUGACGAAUCCAUUUGAUGACAAAAUGAGGCUGGCAGUCAUCGCACCGCAGGAGACUUACAACGUCCCGCUGUAUAUCGCCUACCACUGCAAGCUGUUCUUGCUGCCUUCUAAUUUCGAGAGCUACCAAACAGCUACGCAAGGUAUCUGGUGGAUGGAACUGGCGAAUGAAGUGGGCACGCCGCGGGACAUGAUAUGUCCUGCCAAAGACGGAGAAGACAAGAGAAUAUUUGCCAUGAGGAUCCUGCCUGUUGAGGGUUGUCAAUCGUCAAAGAUCACGCGAGCUAUCCCGAACUACUUGGUGCGCGUGGUGCCCCCGCUGGCGGUGUACAACCGGCUGCCGUACGCGACGGAGGUGCGGUGCGAGGGCGCGGCGCUGCGCAUGCGCAUCGAGGCCGGCGAGCGCGCGCACUGCUACACGCUGGCGCUGCCGCAGCCGCACCGUCUGCAGCUCGCCAUGCACUACAUGGGGACCAUGUGGACAGGCAGCUUCACGCUGUCGCCUGACGUGACGGAGAAGACGGUGACGCUGAGCAGUGAGAGCGAGGCGGAGGGCGGGCGGCAGCAGGUGGCGCUGUGCGUGCGCGUGGCGCGCCGCGACUGCUGGGAGCUGUUCCUGCACGCGCAGCACUGGCUCAUCAACAAGACUGGUCUGCCGCUGCAGAUGAAGGGAGGUCAAUCAGACACGUGUUACGAGGUGACGGAGGAGCCACUGCUUUGGAGUCCUGGGACUCGAGGGCAUCGGCGAGGGGCGCGGGUGCGGUUCCGUGCACACCAUUCCGCCUGGUCGAGAGCUGCGCGCCUGGCUGCAGCAGCUCCAGGGCUGGUCGUGUGUCCUCAUACCGAGAGACGCACCAACUAUCGUCUCCUGCUUAACGUAACCCUAUCAGAACUAUGUCCGCAGCUGACGAAAAUUGUAACGCUUCUGCCAUAUUUCUUAGUCUACAACGAUACCAAGCGGCAUUUGCGUUUCAUGGAGGAGAAUGAAGCAGCAGAUCUCUGGAACGACCUGGCUCCCCAGCAAUGUACUCCGUUUUGGCCACAGACGGACUCCAUGUCCAUGCACUGCAAGUACCGGGACUCGACUGUGGUCUCCCAACACUUUCCUAUCACCAAGAACCAUUUUACAGUGUUGAGAAUGGAUAAAGGGACAGCAAUUUGUGUGGAAGUCACUGGCGGUACCGACCGUCCCUUCACCAUCACCUUCAAACCCUACACUCCUGGGGAUUCGCCUGUUCGCAUUGACAAUUUAUGUGAUGAUCUCUUCCUCAAGCUGCACCAGGUUGACUCAGGCCAGGUAGCUCUUCUGAGCCCCUAUCAGUCCAUGCUUUAUACUUGGGAUGAUCCUGCAAAAGAAAGGAAACUGAUGUGGAAUAUUUAUAACAACAAGGGCAAAGGAUUCGAUGCUGCUUUUAAUCAGGACGGCUAUGGCGAAGAGAAAGUGAGUUUCCAUUCAGUCAAGCACUCAACCCUGGUAGCGACGAACAGCGUCACUUCCAAACUAUCUUCAACCCUCAAGAGGCUGACUCCAAAGUCACCUGAACCCUGCUCAUCGAGCAGUGAUGAUUCCGACAGCUCAGACCUUCCUGAAGCACACACUAAAACCAAGAAAAUGAGGAAAGACAAGGUCGUAGUCUACUGGAUUUCGUACAUGGAUGGAUAUCAAAGAGUAUUCGCAUUAGCUCAGGAUGAACGAAUAGCGUAUCAGUACAGGAUGCGCAUCAACGCAGAAAGAAGUAACUACGAGGUUUACAUGUCCUUGUCGGGAGUCAGUCUGUCAGUUUGUGUGCCAACUCAUACAGGAGUCAAGGAAUUGGCGUAUGUCAGCAUGACCGACUCGUUACCUCGGUGGGAAGUCAACGUUAACCACAAGUGGAAGCAGCUGUCCCCUGACCUGACAUCCUGGAUCGAAGACAAGUAUCAGACGGACCAAAAGAAAUGUCAGCUAAAAGAGUAUAUCCAUUUGGAUUUGGAGAAAAUGCAGAUGACUAAGCCAUUCUUCUCUGAGCUCCGUAGAACGUACAACCCUGCUUUAUGGCUGCAGUUACGUAAAUCUGAAACUUACACGUAUUGCCACCUAAAAUGUCAGAGGUUACAGAUUGACAACCAACUUCAUGAAGCUGUGUUCCCGAGCGUAUUGUACCCUGCACCGAUACCUAACGACAUAAGAACGAGUAAAGGUUUGAAGCCCUGCAUAGAAAUAGUUGCUCUCAAGCAACACAGACCCAGUUUGAACCAGGACGUGUACAAAUACGUGAAGAUCUUAAUUCAAGAGUACUCUGUGAAUUUGGAUCGUGGUUUUGUGAACUAUGUGUUUGAUAUCCUGAACCACUGGAAGAUUCAGGAGAAGCCAGCCGUGAGGUUACGAGCUGACCUUGCCUUAGUUCACAUGCCAUUGCCCGUGAUGGCACUGAAGAGCCAAAUUAACGCGCAGAAAAACGUCUUCUUUGAGUACGUCCACCUGUCACCUGUGAAGUUGGUGUUGAGCUUGUCAUCUCGAGGAUAUUCUGCGGAGUCAGCCAACAGUCCCAGCAAGACUAGAUUCGGAAACAAGAAGGAGAAUAGGCCUAAGCUGUUUAAUAGUGAUCUUUUGGAAUAUUUGUUCAAUUCCUGGGGAUCGUCAUUGUGUGACAUGAAAGACGUGGUUAUAAAAAUGUCAUACCUGGAGUUCCGAAAUGCUCCUAUCACGACGUCGACGCUGGUGGAGCAAGCCUCCCACCACUACUGGACACAGUUGGUGCAGCAGUUUUACGUGUUGGUUCUCGGGCUCAAUAUCCUGGGGAACCCGUACAGUCAUAUUGGAGACUUCUCUAGAGGACUCAAACAGUAUUAUGAACCCUGCAUGGGUACCGCCCUGGGCCGUAAGAUCAUGGAUGUGGCCUCUCGACUGGAGGAUGGAGCAGCAGCCCUACUGGGGUUGCGAGCGAGCCCCACUACGAGGACCAGUGCCAUGUUCGAUGACCUUCCCAAACCACAAACGCCGAGAAGGAAACCAGGUGAAGUACCUCAACUCAGUAAUGACAUCCCGGAAAGUGUGAUAGAAGGAGACAGCAGUAAUCAAGCCAGCAUCGCUCUUGCUCUGACAGCUCUCGUCGCUAGACCAACAUUUGACGUGUGUAGGGAAGCAGCCCGUGCAUCACUAUCUCGCCAGCUGAACGUCAGCAGCGCCGAGAGUGCGCUGAAGGCAUGUGUGGAACGAAGCGGCGGACGGUUACUGGCGCGACGUCGAUUACCACGACACUGUGAUCCUAUUGAAGGAGUCCGGCCGUUCUCUCAGCACGCUGCACUGGGGCUUCAGCUACUGACUCUGCUAGGGCGUGGUCACUACGCGGACACGGACGCGUACAUUGCGCACGCGCACCUAGGACCAACAUCCAAUUGCACGCUACUGAUAUCUACGCAGCACAUAUUUAUGGUCCGGGCGAGUGGUACCAGCGGCUCCUGGCACGUGGAGUGGGCAGUGAAGCUGGAUGACGUCAUCGGCUCCCCGAUAGUGCAAGGAGAUAAACUGCUACUUAAUAUUAAACAGGACGAGCUUGUAAACUAUUUCUCAACGGAUGAAAAGGUGAUAGAGGUAACAGAUCCGGAGGUACUGACCUGGUUGCACUCCAAGAUUGAGUGCGCCCUCAUUCUGGCGUUAGAAGACAAGAGAUGCGUCUCUACUGACUAGAAAUUAACUAAAAUAAGGCCAGGAAUAAGAUCGCUACAGUUUAACCAAAAACUUACUUUAUUUCAUUGUUAUUAAAAUUAAUUUUCCUUUGACAACUUUGAAAGAAAAUCGUAUUAUACAUACUUAUAGUAAAC